AUCAAGCUUCAGCCCUUGUUCGUGAUGUUAUCAGUAUAUUUUAUUUUCGAAGGUUUGCGCAGGAGCCAAUAGUAGAUUAUGCGUGGGUUGAAAAUGAUGAGCUCAUAGAUUCACUAACCAUGAUAGGCACUUGCGCUUGGGACGGAGAUGAAAUGGAUGAGUUGGUGGUACAAUUUUGCUCAUUUCCACUCUUUGGAAUAGAACUAGAGGAUCAGGGCAAAAGAAAAAUCUAUACUCCUGCUCGUGUUAUUGCAAAAAAGGGCGUUAAUCUUAGAGAAAUAUCAUUGCGAGACCCUACUAUAAAUUCUUGUUAUUUAAUAGAUAUCUGUGGAUUAGGC